CAGUUUAUCUAUGUACAAUCACCUUUCGUUUACAAAAUGGAAACUUGGUUUUGGAUUUUUGGCUGGUCUCUUUCCCUUCUGACCAUAACUGGAAAUGGAUUUAUCAUUUUCCUUGUUUGUAGAAGACGGCGGCUUCAAACCAAAACCAACGCGUUUGUCGUUUCACUUGCUGUGGCAGAUGUUUGUGUUGGGCUGAGUACUGUUCCCCCACUUUUCGUUUGCGAGAAGACAACUGGUUGCGAUCCUGAAGUUCCUUUUGCUAACAGGGUGGAUUAUUUAAGGUGGCUAUUCAUGUACGCGUCUGUGACAAAUUUGUGCAGUUUAGUCCUGGAUCGCUACUUUGCUGUCGUGCAACCUCUCAAAUACUUAUUGUUUAUGACGCGCAAACGUGUUUCUCAGAUUAUUUUUCUUUCUUGGGCCCUUUCAAUUCUUCUUGUUAGUCCCGAUGUUCUAAUAUGGCUCGCUCUAAACGACAAUCGUUCUCUUUUCUUAAUUUUUUCUUGGAUAAUCAUGACUUUCGUCGAGUUCCUGCCGAGCUGUGGUCUUAUCUUUUGUUUUGGUUCAAUGGUACAGGUUGUUUAUAAACACGAACGAGCCGCCCGCAUCUUAGCGAAACAGCUUCACUUUAAUCAUCGAUAUUUGUUCAAAAACGCGGAGAAGUCUGCUGUGAAAGUGAUGGGAAUUGUUAUAGGCCUAUUCCUUGUUUGUUCUGCAUGCUCUCUGCGAUGUAGUCUUAUAUACAUUAUGAAAGAAGAACGACCAUGUAAAGAUAAAAAAUUUAAAUUGCCUCUGCUAAUUUUAAACUCUGCCAUAAACCCUGUCGCUUACGCUCUUUUCAAGAGGGAUAUAAAGGAAGAAGCAAAACGGCGCACUUGCUGUGUGAUCUGGAAGAAGAGAAACAACAUUGAGCCUCUUAAUGACUUACAAUUUUUUUCUAAAUAGAUAACUCGUUCUAUGGCACAAAACGUAAGACGUAGGACAAACAUUCCCUAUUGUAUAUAUUAACGUCGAAAAAUAGUAAACGAGUUGCCUAAUUUUAGAACUAA